GGUUUUGGAAAUUGGUAAACGGAAUUGGUUUGGGAUUUGAGCACUAGGAGCUCUUCAGUUACUACACGUACAGUGACAGUCGUAGAUUGGACGGGAAGUUGUUAAAUAUUACGUGCAUUUUAUAAUUUGGAUGUGCCAAAAAUGAAUGCAACUGCCCGUUGAACUUUAUCUAGUGUGACGAUGCAACUCUUCUUACGACGAUUGCCGUCAAGGCCGUGAUCAUGACUUCUACUCAAAAUUAACUCCAAUUACUAUUGAAAGAAGUCAGUUUUCAACCUUUCCAUUUUCUCGACAUGUUUUCCUCUUCAAAUGUCCCCGUGACUGAGGGACUCCUCUACGAUUUUGACGAUGAAGAGAACGCGCUCAAAUGGAAAGGAGUUUUUGUUGCUUCUUUACACAAGGUACUGAGCCAGGUUCAUCCGACUCUCAAGGCCAAAGAUGAUGCCCUGGAAUAUGUGGAAAGACUUAUUUUAAAGUUACUGGGAAUGUUGUGUGCCAGACCACCACCUCACACUGUGCAAGAUGUUGAGGAACGUGUACAAAAAACUUUUCCCAAUCCAAUUGAUCGUUGGGCCAUCAGCGAGGCCCAAGCUGCCCUAGAAAAGGGAAAGAAAAAAUCACCAAUUGUUCUUCCUGUGGACAAAGUUCACAACUUAUUGCAAAAGGAGGUUUUACAGUAUAAAGUGGACCACCAAGUAUCACUUUAUGUGGUUGCUGUAUUGGAAUAUAUUUCUGCUGAUAUGCUCAAGCUUGCCGGAAAUUACGUCAAAAACAUUCGUCAUGUUAAGGUGGCUUCACAAGAUAUCAAAGUUGCCAUGUGUGCUGAUAAGGUUUUGAUGGAUUUAUUUCAUCAAGACGAUGAUGAUCAGCUCUCAAUAGAAGAUGAACCACUAACACCGAGCACCAGUGGAGUUCCCGGAAGCAUGGGUGGUCCUGGCUUAUCGGGAGGACCAUCUCCAACUACAAUCACCUACGACCAAGUGGUACGCGACUUAAUCCAGGAGGAACGCCAGUACCUUCGAGACCUUCAUCUGAUUAUGAAAGUGUUUCGUGAACAACUGGCUACACUUGCUCCACCACCAAGUCCAGCUGAAUUGGAUGCCAUUUUCUCCAACAUUGAAGAAAUUUACGAACUGACAGUGACGCUCCUUGGUUCUUUAGAGGAUACUCUAGAGAUGGCCGAGGAGCCUCAUCAGGCUGCAGCACCUCCUGUUGGCAGUUGCUUUGAAGAAUUAGCAGAAGCAGCCGAAUUUGAUGUCUACGAUCGUUAUGCCAAGGACGUUCUUUCACCCACUUGUCGCGAAACGUUACAGGCGGUACUCUCUCGACCGGAUGUGGGUCACUCGUUGCAAACGGGUGGUCACGGUUUCCGUGAAGCCGUUCGUUAUUAUCUGCCAAAGCUGCUUUUGACGCCUGUUUAUCAUUGUUUCACGUACUUUGACGUGGUACGCUUUCUUCAUCGACUCAGUGUUAGCAAAGAGGAUCGUGAAAGCUUAGAACAAGUGGAAGGGCUAUUGAAACCACUACAAGUCGAGCUGGAACGAUUACUUUCCUGCACGGGCGUCGGAGUUAAUCUUCCAAAACGCAAGCCGAGCGAAACAGGCGGCAUUGGAUCUGCUGGACCUUUAAUCCGCACAGGCUUACUAGGUGGCCCGCGCAGUAGCAGGCCGGCUGCCUUGUGUAAACUUCAGGAACUUCAACGUUCAAUCGACGGCUGGGAAUGUAAAGACGCCGGACCAGCUUGCAACGAAUUUAUCUGUGAAGGUCAAAUCGGCAAAGUAGGAGCAGGAAAACGGUUGACAGAACGUUAUGCCUUCCUCUUCGAUGGUCUCCUUUUGCUGUGCAAAGCUUCCGGUCAUGGCCGUCGGUCAUCAGCCGCUUCUCCAGGGGGUGAUUAUCGCCUAAAAGAGAAAUUCUUCAUUCGAAAAGUCGAAAUUUUGGAUCGAGAAGACACAGAUGAACUGCGUAAUGCGUUCGAGGUUGCACCUCGACAACAGCCACAUUGUGUCCUCUUUACUCGAACGGCCGAAGAAAAAGCCAAUUGGAUGGCAGCUCUUGUCAUGCUCAACACUAAGUCUAUGCUGGAGCGGACUUUGGAUGUCAUCUUGCUUGAUGAAGAGAGGAAACAUCCUUUGCGGUUGCCACCACCUUCCAUCUAUCGUUUUGCUGAAGAAGAUUCAGAAACCAAUUUGGUGCUUGAAACGAGAGAAAAUGGAGGUGUACCACUGAUCAAAGGCGCAACUCUUUUGAAGCUCAUUGAAAGAUUGACGUACCACAUGUACGCUGAUCCGAUGCUGGUCAGAACUUUCCUUACCACUUACCGAAGUUUUUGCAGUCCGACGGAAUUAUUGGAAUUGCUAAUUGAACGCUUUGAAAUGCCCGAACCUCCUUGGGAUGAAACUGGUGGUGGCAUUGGAGGCAAUAGUGGAUUGAGCGGACUCGGUGUCGAUAAUGGCAACAGCAUUAAUGGGGCUACAGAAGAGAUGGAUCCAUUGGAACCGACGAGCCGUGAAGACCUCAAGCGAUUCCGAAAGCAGUACAUGCAGCCUGUUCAAUUUCGCGUUCUUAACGUGCUUCGCCAUUGGGUGGAUCACCAUUUUUAUGAUUUUGAGCGUGAUCCUGGACUUCUCCAACGACUUCAAGGAUUUUUGGAUGGUGUUGCGCGUGGUAAAUUCGUCCGCAAGUGGGUUGAAUCAAUCCACAAAAUUGUAGCCCGUCGUUUGGAGUGCUGUGGUCGUGGUGGACGAGGUGGACAGGCCGAAGAGCAACGAGAAAUUACAUUCGGUUUUGACCGAUCCCCACCGCCGAUCGAAUGGCAUCUUAAUUGCCCAGAAGAAGAAUGGGAUCUAAUGACACUUCAUCCUAUUGAAAUUGCUCGUCAGUUAACGUUACUCGAAUUCGACCUGUAUCGGGCUGUUAAACCAUCCGAGCUGGUUGGUUCUGUUUGGACCAAAAAAGACAAAGAGCAACGAUCCCCUAAUUUACUUCGUAUGAUCCAUCAUACAACUAACGUAACGCGCUGGUUCGAGAAAACUAUUGUGGAAACGGCCAACUUUGAGGAACGUUUGUCUGUCAUCUCUCGCAUCCUUGAAAUUCUCAUUGUUCUACAAGAGCUCAAUAACUUUAACGGCGUUAUCGAAGUGGUGAGCGCUAUGGGAUCUGCAUCCGUUCACCGACUGACGCUGUCAUUGCAGGCCAUUGGGCCUAAAUUAGACAAGGCUUUGGAAGAGGCCAAAGAACUGUCGGCUGACCACUUUCGAAAAUACCAAGAAAAACUGCGUUCCAUAAACCCACCGUGCGUGCCAUUUUUUGGCAUGUACCUGACAAACAUUUUGCACAUCGAGGAAGGAAAUCCUGAUUUUCUUCCACGAUCCUCCCCUUCGUCUAAUCGGGAGGGGUUAAUUAAUUUUUCUAAGCGACGUAAAGUGGCUGAAAUCACCUCAGAAAUUCAAACCUACCAAAAUCAGCCGUACUGUCUAUCACUGGCGCCAAGGAUCCGUCACUUUUUGGAAGUACUCAACCCAUUUGAAGACCUGAAUGAAACAGAAAUAAGCAACUACCUUUAUCAGGCAAGUUUGGAGGUAGAGCCGCGAGGUUGCAAACAACCCAUCAAGGCUCCACGAAAGUGGCCAGACGCAAAGCUCAAAUCCCCGGGAAUAAAACCGCGUUCGCAUCUUAGCCGACACAUACCGCAUCCACUUCCAUCCAUGUCAUUCUUUGCUUCCAAUCAAAGACUGAGCGCCACCAGUGGAUCCGACGAUUCCUCUUCGAUUCACAGUGACCAGCGUGGCGGCGGCGGCAACAGCUCGAUUGCGGGUUCUACUUCGAUUCACGAUCAUCCCAUAAUGGAGAAUAGUAGUGGCAUGACUCGUGGAAACACACCGACAACUCCUUCCACACCACUGACGCCAACAACCCACCACAACAGUGAUAAUAGUGUCUUUGCGCCUGUCCUUAUAGGAGGCGGUUUAGUCACACCGUUGUCGGCCAGCUCUUUCAUCAGUCUAUCUCCGGGUCCACCUCCACCUCCUUACCCAGCUCCGACGAGGCCACUCUCCCCUUUGCCGCCGCCACUUCCGCCACGCCGGAAGCGCGAGUCUUCACUGGGUGACGUCUCGCCCAAAGUCAAACAGGCACCUGAUGCGCCGACUCUUCCUCCAAGAGACUCUUCUCCUCCACCGCCUCUUCCACCUCGCCGCGAUGCGUCAGCCAAUGCUGCCAAUGGCUCCAAUGCCAUCACUUCCGGCGGUGGAGCAACUCCGCUGUCGACGCUGCCACGAGCUCAUUCCGUGGCUGCGCUUUCAUCUUCAACGACGUCGUCUGGCCGUACUGCUCCAACAUCGCCGCACAUUCCGCCGCGACCUCAUCAUCGUGAUUCUCAUCAUCAUCCGCACCACCAUCCGCCUCCCCCGCCCCCACAGCACCAUCCUCCACCGCUGCCGCUGCUCAAUUCCAACGAAACUUUCCAGAACCAUAGCGCCUUUCGUUUCCCCCCAGCACCUCCUCCACCGGGCAAUGAUCGUAGUGCUGCUGCUGCUGCUGCCGUUGAAAUGACGGGAGGAGCUGCUCCUCUUCCGCCUGCACUAUCCCGGCGCCACUCGGCCAUGGAUGUCAGCCCGUCCAUGGCGGUUUCUGCUGGCGUCCCACUCUCUCCGUCACCAUUCCAUCCUCAUUCUGGAGCAUCAACGGUAGCGCAUUCAGCAGCUCCUCCACCUCCUCCUCCUAGUCUUAACCCACCUCCUUCUCCUCUUGUUCCAAUUCCGCCUCGACGCUACUCCACCAUGUUGCAGCAAAACGGCACCAGUGGCCCUCCCAUUCACUCUCCACCUCUACUUCCCCCUCCACCUGCUGCAGUCGCUCCCUCCAUCAUUGCCGAACCACGACCGACAUGUCGAUGAGUUGAAUUACUCCUUCAGCUUUUAUUAUUUUACUUUUUUUCCUUCCUCCAACCAAGGUCAUCGUCUUUCGUGUUUGUUGCUAUUCUAUUGUCUGACAACAUGCGCCGAGUUCUGUUGGAUGUCUGUAUUUUUGUCAUCUUUAUAUUUUUAUUUGAAAGGUUAAAAAUAUCGAAGCGGCCAAUAAUGAAGUGGAAGUCUCGGAUGCUGUGAUCAUAUUCCCCCAUCCCUGGCCUGUUGUUUCUUUCCCCACUAUCUUUUGCAAACACGUCGUACUACCCUCUGAUGGUACGGAUGGUAUGGUACGGAAAAGGAAAAAAAAAAUUAGAAAGAGGAACUGCAAAUCGAAAUUCACCAAACACGCGUGAUGCAAGUUCACAAUUUUUUUUGAAUUACUUGGGCUAGGAUGACGUUCCCCGCUUAAACUUUUUCGUGUUUACCCUUACAUCCAAUUAUAGCACAUGCUAUGCGCACAUAUUUGUUCAUAAUUACGUCGGUUUCGGCCCCCCCAAAUCGGACUAUUUGUUCGUUAAUUUUGUGUGUACAGCCGUUAAUUCGCAAUCUUUUUUAAGUUGUAAUCCCUGUGUAACCUAACUAGAUAUAGCACUAACAUACCCUCCUUGUCAUCAUAUACUUAUUCUACUCCUCUUCCAUCCCCUGAAUUAUUUUGUAAAAUGUAGCAAUUGUGUGGUGUUUAUUUUAUCUUGUGGAUUGAUUUCCUUUUAUACCUUAUAACGUAA